AUGACGGCUCGUCGGCGCCCGGCGCUGCACAAACAUCAGCAGACGCCGCCCAACCUCCACAGCGCCAACAGCAACGCCGGCAACCACCACCACAACAACAGCGGCAAGGACCGCGGCGACAACAAGGCGUAUGCCAUGUCGGCCCCGUCGCCCCGCGUCAUCAAUGCCGCGCCGUCGCUGGAAAAGGCCGAGAUGUACGGCAUCGACGACGACCGGCCCGUCUUCAGCCGCGCCAUGGCGCUCACCGGCCGCAUGUUCAUCGAGACGAUCCCCCAGUGGCUGGCCGUGGGCGCCAUGCUGUCGCUGAUCUUUGGCGGGUGUUGCUCGAAUGUGUUUGCGCUUGAGUCGAUUAUUAAGUUCGACCCCAAGCGCCCGCCGUUCUUCCUGAAGCCGAACAAGGUUCCGAUCCGCCGCUGGCUCAUCAACAUCGUUCUCUUCUUCAGCAUCAACGUGCUCAACAACCAUGCGUUCAGCUACGACAUCUCGGUGCCCGUGCACAUCAUCUUGCGGUCCGGCGGGAGUAUCACGACGAUGUUGGCGGGGAGUUUGUACGGGAAGAAAUACUCGCGCAUUCAGGUGACGGCGGUGUUGUUGCUGACUGUGGGCGUCAUUACCGCGGCGUGGUCCGAUGCGCAGACUAAGGGCUCCUCGGACAAAACAGUCGCGCAAAGCACCAACUUCGGCACCGGCCUCACCAUCCUCUUCGUCGCCCAGGUCCUGUCAGCGAUCAUGGGCCUCUACACCGAAGAGACCUACCGCAUCUACGGCCCGCAAUGGAAGGAGAACCUCUUCUACUCCCACCUCCUCUCGAUCCCGCUCUUCCUACCUUUCCUCCCCUCCCUGAUCAAACAAUUCAUGAAACUCGCCAACAGCGCCCCGCUCGCCCUCCCGCUCGCCACCCUCGAGGACUACCCGAACCUGUCGCCCAACCUGCACCAAGGCCUCGCGCGCGUCCAGAUCCCCAGCCAGCUGUUCUAUCUCGUCCUCAACGUGCUGACGCAGUAUGCGUGUAUCCGCGGCGUGAACCUGCUGGCGGCCGCGUCGUCGGCGCUGACGGUCACGAUUGUGCUGAAUAUUCGCAAGCUGAUCAGCUUGUUGUUGAGUAUUUGGCUGUUUGGGAAUCGGCUGGCGUCAGGGACGUUGGCCGGGGCGUUUAUUGUGUUUUUUGCGGGCGGGUUGUAUUCCCUGGAUGGGAAACGGAAGGCUCCUCGGGACCAUGAUGAUGAUGUGGAGGACGAGGAAGAAGGGGAGGAGCUAGCGGGUCUGGGGAUGAGAGCCGGACGUCAUGGUUUAUCUGCCUCCCACAAGGAGGACACCUCGCAUAAUAUCGAGGCCAGCCCGGAUGAGCAUGGGCACGAACACGACCCUUUCAUGGAGGAGGGCAUGCUCCCGCGUGACCGUCCCCGCAAGACGGCCAUCUUCGACCCCGUUGACGAGCGCCAGAUGAGCCAGGCCGACGCCAAGAUGUUUUACCAGCGGAGCCAGGCUGAGAGCCGGACUCAGCUCAGCCAGCUUGCUCAGUUGUCCCCUCAGAGCAGCCCGAUGUUGUCUGCCGGAGGUGGUGGGCUGGCUUCGUCGUAUGCGGACCUGGCAUCGAUUGGGCAGAGUUUGAGUCAUUUGAAGUUGUCGGAGCUGGAUUCGCCUGCGAUGCCGGAGCAGGCGUUCGAUCCGUCUGUGAGAAAGGAGCCGAGUUAUUUUGGAGGGGAUAACUUGCCGAGUCGGGGUAGUUAUGCCCAGCUCCCCAGCGCCGGAGUGGGAGCCGGGAAUCCGACACCAGGUCAGCUUGAUCCGAGUCUUCAGCAGCAGAUGAUGCUGGGUGGUGGUGUCCCGGGGCUUGGAAGCAACAGCUACCUGGACGCAGACCCCCAGAUCAACGCGGAGCUGGGAACGAUCUUCAAGGAUAUCCAAAAGAUCAUUGAUAUCCGGACCAAGUACAUUCGGCUUUCGCUCCAGGGACCCAACGACAACCCCAAGGAUGACCCCGCCUGGAACAUCUACCCGGCCCCGCCCGAGCCGGCAUGGACGGAAGACCGGGAGAAGGCCGCACGGGGCGGAGCGAGUGCCGGGAACAGCAUGGCUAACAGCCUGGUGUUGAACGCGCACGACAGACAGCAGUCGUCCCACCACAAGUCGAACGCCAAGAAGCGCAAGCCGGGGCAGGAUAUUGGCGAGGACUUUGACAUGGAGGAUCUGUUGCCGCUGCCUGAGGCCAGCGAGAUGACCUACCGCUUGGAUGAUAUGGGCGUGUAUCAGGUGUAUGAGAACGGGGCGUCCGAGGCGGCGGACACGCCGAUUGUCAAUGUCCCGACCAUCAAGGAGUAUUAUCUUGACUUGGAGGAGAUUUUGAAUGUCUCGUCCGACGGUCCCAGCAAGAGCUUUGCCUUCCGCCGGCUGCAGUACUUGGAGGGCAAGUUCAACCUCUACAUUCUGCUCAACGAGUAUCAGGAGACAGCGGACAGCAAGAAGGUGCCUCACCGUGACUUUUACAACGUCCGGAAAGUCGACACCCACGUGCACCACUCGGCGUGCAUGAACCAGAAGCACCUGCUCCGCUUCAUCAAGAGCAAGAUGAAGAAGUACCCGGAUGAGAUCGUGCUGUUCCGCGACGGCAAACACUUGACGCUAGCGGAGGUUUUUAAGAGCAUCAAUCUCACGGCAUACGACCUCAGUAUCGACACGCUGGACAUGCACGCGCACAAGGACUCGUUCCACCGGUUCGACAAGUUCAAUCUCAAGUACAACCCGAUUGGCGAGUCGCGGUUGCGCACCAUCUUCCUCAAGACGGACAACUUCAUCAAGGGCCGGUACCUGGCCGAGAUCACCAAGGAGGUCAUUGCCGAUCUCGAGUCGAGCAAGUACCAGAUGGUGGAGUGGCGCAUCUCGAUCUACGGCAGGUCGCUCGACGAGUGGGACAAGCUGGCCAAAUGGGUCAUCAACAACAAGCUGUUCUCGCACAAUGUCCGCUGGCUCAUCCAGAUCCCGCGGCUGUACGAUGUGUACAAGGGCAGCGGCCUGGUGAACUCGUUUGAGCAAAUCAUCAAGAACAUCUUCCAGCCGCUGUUUGAGGUGACGCAGAAUCCGGCUACCCGCCCGGAGCUACACAUCUUCUUGCAGCGCGUCAUCGGCAUCGACAGCGUCGACGACGAGAGCAAGAUCGAACGCCGGCUAUUCCGCAAGUUCCCCGUGCCGACGGCCUGGGACUCGAAGCAGAACCCGCCCUACACCUACUGGAUCUAUUACCUGUUCGCCAACCUUGCCUCGCUCAACCACUUCCGCAAGCAGCGCGGAUUCAACACCUUUUUACUACGCCCGCACUGCGGCGAGGCCGGCGAUAGCGAACACUUGGCCGUAGCCACGCUGUGCUGCCAUAGCAUCAGCCACGGCCUGCUGCUACGCAAAGUGCCGCUGCUGCAGUACGUCUUUUACCUUGAGCAAAUCGGUAUCGCCAUGUCGCCGCUAAGUAACAACGCGCUGUUCCUGGCGUACGAACGCAACCCCUUCUUCCAGUACUUCAAGCGUGGGCUCAACGUCUCGCUGUCGACGGACGACCCGCUGCAGUUUGCCUUCACCAAGGAGCCGCUGAUCGAGGAGUAUGCCGUGGCAGCGCAGAUUUACAAGCUGAGCCCGGUGGAUAUGUGCGAGUUGGCCAAGAACUCGGUCAAGCAGAGCGGGUAUGAGUUUUCGGUCAAACAGCAGUGGCUGGGGCACAACUUCCAUCUGCCGGGCCGCAGGGGGAAUACCCAGGUCAAGACGAAUGUGCCGGAUCGGAGAGAGGAGUUUCGGUAUCACACGCUCAUGGAAGAGCGCAGACUUGUCGAGAGAUACACCUCCCUUCCCACCGAAGCACCCUCCGUGGUAGCAGACCCCACCCCAGCCACGGCCGCCAACCUCCCUCCCCGCUCACCGGCCCUGUCCACUUACACAAACCUGACCACGGGAGCCACAGGCCCUUCGCUGCCCGAACUCCGACAUAAAUUCCACCAGCCGCAGCAGCCCCAUCAAGCACCCACAUCCGUCCCCCCCGAACUCGACACCCACUCCUCCACCUUCGCAAGCAGCCCGGCCCCUUUCAGCAGCCCGAACCGGAAUCAGAUCCCGGCUCAGAACCAAAACCAGACCCAAACCCAGCAGAACCACGGCCCCGCGCCGCCGUUCUCGCUCGGCACGAGCCCCAUCAUCGCAACCACCCCCGUCGCACCCACGUCCGCUCCUUCUGCAUCGGGCGCGUCUACGGCUGCGUCUGUGGCGACAACGGCGACGGCGGGUGCGGAUUCUACUGCUGGAAAUGGAGUGCAUUUGUCGGGUCAUGAGCCGCGGUAUUUUCCGGGGGUGGUGUCGAGGCGGGGAGGGGUCAGGAGGGAGUCCGGGCAUGAGAGUGAUCGUUAG